AAAUUUGCAUCUCAGGCAGUAUAAAAGAUACCUGCCCCAGGCGCAUUCUCGUCGUUUCUGUGGGAUCAAAAACGAGAAGCAUGUCACACCCGAGUACCUUGCUGGCACUCAGUGCAGUCUUCACCUUCUAUUUUUGUCUGAGCACCGUGGUUGGGUAUGGUUACCCGGAACUGCGAAAAGACCUGCAAAGAUAUCAAAACCCGACCCACUGCUAUCCCCCCAAUGGCAAGUGGAUCAUGAUGAAGAGGAACUACCCGUAUGACCCAUACUACGGCGGAAACGCUCGCUGUGUGCUCUACGACAGAGUUGGGCCGUACAGAAACUACACCAUCCCAGCGAGAUUCUCGUGGUGCCAGGACGGAUCUGGACGUGGUUGCGGAUCAGUCGUCGGUAGUUACUUACUCUCGGCAAUCCCAGGAUACUGGGCAAGAAACUUGUACAGCUUUUAUCCCAACAACGGUCACCUGGCGUGGCAACAACAUGCGAUCUACAAAGACUGCAGCACUUGCUACAUCGGACGUUAUCGUUACGCUCUUAACGGAUACGGCUGCGUGAUGUGGCGUCGCACGUCGAGUAUCAACAGGCGCACAGAUUUCUGCGACUUCAUCUUCGAGGUAUUCUGCGGAGCAGCUCCCAAGUAUCAGGUCUUCGAGCCUUCGUGCCUUCGUCUCCUAGGUGGAGCCUAUGGAGGCGGCUUUGGGGGUAGUUCUCUAGGAAGCAUUGGAGGAGGUUCUCUUGGAGGCAUUGGAGGAGGCCUUGGUGGUGGUCCUCUGGGAGGCGUUGGAGGAGAUCUUGGAGGUGGUUCUCUGGGAGUCAUUGUUGGAAUUGUUGGAGGAGGUUCUGGAGGAAGCUUUGAAGGAAGUCUCGGAGGAGGUUCUCUAGGAGGUCUUGGAGGAGGUUCUGGAGGAAGCUUCGGCGGAAGUAUCGGGGGAGGUUCCGUGGAAAGUCUGGGAGGAAGCGUUGGAGGAGAUGUUGGCACCAAGGGCUGAAUAUAACGCACUAAUUCGUACCCGACUGGCCUUUCCUUUCGUCAUAGUGUGAUCUUAUUAGAGAUGCGAGGACUAGCCUAAAUAAAAUUGUGGUCUAUCAAUAUA